CGGGCGGUGGCGCUGUCGCUGUGUCCCUCCUGCACAACCGCCGUUGAACGCGAACGUGAUGAAGCCACAUAACUGGGCAGGGAGAGGGACUGAGGAAAUCCACACAGCGAGCCGUCUCUCGUUCACUCCCUGCGGCGCUCGACCCGCCGCCGCACUGACAGCUAUGUAGUCCGAGCAGCCUGUUCCCUGACACCGAGCGGGACACACGAGAGGGCGGCCACUCGAAACUGUCUGACCGAAUGGCGCGCACACUCACCGGGGUAUCUCGACUUCUCGGCUCCGUUGGAGAUCUGUGACACCACCCAGCCACAACAACAGCUGGCUAACAGGCUAACACGCAUUAGCAGCCGACCGCGGAACGACUGUCACACCGGAAAGGGCCUCCGCCGCACCGGGUGGGGAUUUAACUUUCUCUGCCCGUGUCGCCUGGACGGAACCAACAGAAAAGUCGCGGAUAGACUGCUGUGUAUUUCUCACUGGUAAGGAUGGACACGCCUCUGGGGAUGAGCGAGGAGGAGUGCUUGGCAACUGUGAGAGUUCAGGAGCUGAGGUGUGGCCAGAAGGAGCCCAGACUACUGUCUCUCAUUGAGCGCAGUGGAGAGUUUAUAUUGGGUGUUUUGGCCACUCCUGAUGCUGUCGUGUCUCGACCAGUUGCUCAGCUGUCAAUUCCCAUCAACGGUAACUUUGAGAUUUUACGAGAAGCUGAAGAAGCUCUACUCAUUGACUUCUCAGUAGAUUCCUUUGUUAGGGUACGAAUUAAAGGCGAAAAAGCCCCAGAGCUGCUGUUGGAACUGCAGGACGAUGAUCGCACUCAGACUUUCUUGGCCCAGGUGAAGAGUGCUCAGCAGCAAGUUGAAUCCAAACUCACAAAACCAAACGCAAUGGAGCCCCUUGCCCCAACGACUGCGAGAGGUCCGGUCCCCAUCCCACCGCAGAGAAUAACCAAGACUGCAAACUCUGUGGGAUCUGGAGGUAACCCAUCCAAACCUGCCACUACACUGCCUUCCAACCACAACAACAGCACAACAACAAAUCAGACUAAGACAGUUCCAGCUCAGUUGCUUGCCUCAGACUUUGGCUUUGAAGACAGCUUUAACCACGCUCUCAAAGUGGAGGAAAAGAAGAACAACCAGAAUCGCAUGGUUGCCUCUAGGGAGCCUCCUCCUCUUCCCCCACUACCUCCUCGCAAAGCCUCUUACACCCCAUCCAAUCCUCUGCCUCCUGCACCGGUCCCUAAAGAGAGAGCCGUGUCCAAAGAGAACACCUUUAUCACCAACACCAAACCAGAUAGUUUUAGGUCAGGGUUUGACCGUGUGGACCGGCCACCAUCUUGGUGUGAGAGCCCCACCACCAACAGCAUGAGACAGACCAUGUUCUCCAGCCAGGCGGGACAGAGAGAAUACCUCAUCAAACACCGCCUGGGGAAGAAGGAGAAUGAAUAUGUCGACAUGCAAACCUUUAGGUUUUUCACGGGUACGUGGAACGUGAACGGCCAGUCUCCAGACAACAGCCUUGAGCCGUGGCUCUCCUGUGACACAGAACCCCCGGAUAUUUAUGCUCUGGGUUUUCAAGAAUUGGACCUGAGCACUGAAGCUUUUUUCUACAUGGACUCGUCCAAGGAGCAGCUGUGGGUGGAAGCUGUGGAAAGAAGUUUGCAUCCAAAAGCCAAGUACAAGAGGGUUCGGAUCAUACGACUUGUUGGGAUGAUGCUUGUGGUCUUUGUCAAAAAGACUCACAAAAAUCACAUUAAAGAAGUGGCUGCAGAGCAUGUGGGGACUGGAAUCAUGGGGAAAAUGGGGAACAAAGGAGGUGUGGCAGUUAGGUUUGUUUUCCACAACACUAGUUUCUGCAUUGUAAACUCUCAUCUAGCAGCACACGUGGAAGACUUUGAGCGUCGCAACCAGGACUAUAAAGACAUAUGUGCCCGCAUGACCUUCCACCUACUGGAACACCCCCCUCUCGGUAUCGUCAAGCAUGAUGUGGUAAUCUGGCUCGGGGAUUUGAAUUAUCGUCUGUUCAUGUACGAUGCUGCCGACGUCAAACAGCUCAUCGCUCAGAAUGAUCUAAAGAAGCUUCAGGAAGUUGAUCAGUUGAACAUUCAGAGGCAGACAAAGAGAGCCUUCACAGACUUCAUGGAGGGAGAGAUUAACUUCAUUCCCACAUACAAGUACGACCCCAAAACAGAUCGAUGGGACUCAAGUGGGAAGUGCCGUGUCCCGGCUUGGUGUGACAGAAUCCUUUGGAGGGGCAACGAUGUCAAGCAGCUCAAAUACCGAAGUCACAUGGAGCUGCAAACAAGUGAUCACAAACCCGUCAGCGCCCUCUUCAUUGUCGGGGUGAAGGUGGUUAAUGAGCAGCGACACAAAAAGGUGUUUGAGGAGAUUGUUCGAGCGAUGGACAGAAUGGAGAAUGAUUUCCUUCCAUCUGUAACUCUGAGCAGGAGAGAGUUUACAUUUGAGACUGUGAAAUUCCGACAGCUUCAGAAGGAGCGCUUCCUCAUAACAAAUGACGGGCAGGUCCCCUGUCACUUCGCCUUCAUCCCAAAACUCAACGACUCGCAAUAUUGCAAACCAUGGCUGCGUGCUGAGCCGAGCGAUGGAUUCUUGGAGCCCACUGAAACGCUGGAGAUUUUUCUGGAGGUGUACGUCAGCAAAGACUCUGUCACGUUGCUGAACUCUGGAGAGGACGCCAUAGAGGACAUUCUGGUGCUCCAUCUGGACCGUGGCAAGGACUACUUCAUUACCAUAUCUGGCCGCUACCUGCCCAGCUGCUUUGGCACCUCACUGGAGACUCUGUGCCGCAUGAAGAAGCCCAUCCGAGAGAUCCCCAUCACCAAACUCAUCGACCUGGGAGAGGACAGCUACAUGGACAAGGAAAGGUCAAAGGUGAACUUCCUGAUGGUGGAUGGUGCAAGCACUGAGGAAAAACCUCUGAAGAUCCCCAAGGAGGUGUGGAUCCUGGUCAACCACCUCUUCACCAAGUCCUGUGAUCAGGAGGACUUGUUCCAGACACCAGGCCUACAAGAGGAGCUGCAGAGCAUCAUCGACUGUCUGGACACCAGCAUCCCAGACACCAUCCCUGGAUGCAACCACUCUGUUGCCGAGGCGCUGUUGAUCUUCUUGGAGGCAGUUCCAGAACCAGUGGUGUGUUAUGAGCUCUACCAACGGUGCCUCGAAUGUGCUCAUGACAGCCGCCUCUGCAAGCAGCUGAUUUCCCAGUUGCCCCGGGCUCACCGCAACGUGUUUCGCUACUUAAUGGCCUUUCUGAAGGAACUUCUCAAGCACUCGCACAACAACAACCUAACAGCCAACCUCAUAGCAACCCUCUUCGCCAGCCUCCUUAUCCGACCACCUCCCAACCUGUUGGGCAGGCAGACGUCACACGAGCGGCAGAAAGCCAUCGACUUUGUUCUGGGUUUUCUCAUGGCAGGAGAUGAGGAGUAAACGAGGUUGAGGGUCCCUCACAGCAUCUGUCGGGUUUGGAGUCUACUCUCAACCUGACUUAGUUUUGGCACAAGGCCUGAACCUGUAGGACAUUGUGUAACAUUGAUCCACUUGAUAUGCCGUCAUCUUUUUGGAGACCAGUGCAGCUUCUCUUGCACCAUAUAACAAAAAUACCUGCAACAAACUCUGGUGUUGGGGUAGCCAAGACUUCCAUUAGAACGGGGAUAACUUUACCAAGUGUCAUAUCUCCGUUCACGGUCUGAACUUGGCAGAGGUUUGGACUGAUGCCGAUGCACUUUGAGACGACCCAAAGGACUCGUGCCUCCAGACUAGUUUUCCUUUUCCUCAGCUGACCUUUGUUACUGUCAGUGCUCGUGCCAAAACAACUUCUGAAUAGUGAGUGGUAUGAAUGUGAAAACACUAUGUAUCCAUAGAUGCUAAGGAAAAGACUUAGUCACACUAAAGAAAAAGGAAAUUCCUGAAGGAUUAAGAGGUAGAUUGAAUAGUAUUACAACAAUCGGCCACAACGUAAAACCAGUGACCUGUUAUAUGUUGUGGCUGAUUGGUGUGUACUGUUCAAAGCAGUAAAUACAUAAAAGAUCAGUAAACAGGAUAAUUGUGGAAAUCUAUAACAAAGAAUGUUUAAGCUUCAGAUAAAUCACGACAAUCAUUCAUUUUGCAGCAUUUUAUUAAGGGGACAACAGUAAGAUAUCUAACAGAAUUAUUUCUUAUCAUGUCCAUUGUAUUUUAACUGUUAUUUAUAUUUUUUCCUCCAUUUUCAUCAUCUGAACAGUUUUAGAUUCUUACUACAGUAUGGUUUGUUAUCAGCUCUGCAUUGCUUUAGUGUUUCAACGGAAAUAUUCCUCAUAUUUUUGUCAUCCUGUUUUAUAGAAUCUUUGUCUUGUGUGCGCGUGCCUGAGCCUUGCAUCUUGUUUUGCCAGUUGCUCCUGACUUACAAAACCAGUCUGUUAACACAAUUAACUUCCUGGUCAACCGGAGUCAAGUGGAGAGUCACUCUCUUUGGCUCUUGAUGUCUUAAAUGGUGUAAAUACUGCUGUGAUUGUCUAAUGGGUAUUUGACUGUUUGUGUAAAUCUUUGAUGGUGUGUCCAGUCUGUCACGUUUGUCAUGACAGUGGUAUUGUUAAUGUCUGUGUUUGUUUACACAUCUUUUUCCUAAUUUCUGCCUCACGUUAAAGCUCAUUGUACAUCGUCUCUUGCCUUUGUGAUGCCAAGACACAGUCGCUGUGUUCCUCGUUGUGAAUCCACUUGAGUGAUCCUGGUUUUAAGUGAUGCCACACUUUCGUUUUAAAGAUUUAAUGGCUCGUCACACUGCAGGAUACAGUGCAAUCUUUGUGCACCUUUCUCAUUCGUGCCACAGAGGGUUUUUUUGUUCAUGGCUAUUGAAAUAAGGAACUUCUAUUGUGUGUAUAAUCAACAGUAUUUCCUCUUCAACGACCCCCCCCCCAAAAGAUUUCCUAGUUGACAAAAAAAUCUACACUUAGCACGUCACAUUCAUCUAUUUUUUUCAGUAGCUUCUGCAAUGUAUUGAUGCCCAUAGGUUUUCUUCUUACACGAUCCAGGAACUCUGUGUCAUAAUACCUUAUCUUUGGAGACAAUGUGUGCAUAUGACGUAAUGUGACAGUGCUGACAAUCAUGGCACUAAAAGAAUAAGCCUGUUAGGCUGAACUUGCUCUAGUCUUGCAUUGUUCCUUCUGCCUUAUUGCCAUCAGAACUUAGGAGUUUUCUGUCGGUCUUAACUAAAAAAAGCUUUGCCAAAAGGUGGCUUUAGUGAGAAGGAGUAGCUCCUGGUGUUUCAGAUGUUUGGGAGAACCAUGAAACAAUGGCUAUUUAGGUAUUCACUACCCUCAUGUCAAACUCAGUAUAAUCAAUGACUUCUGAUUUUAAGUGUUGUCGUCUGCUACUAGUACCAACCGAUGGAAUUGUGUGUAUUCAUUUUGCUUUUUGUCUUUAGUUUCUGUUCAGAAACAUUUUCGGUACAUUUAAAGGUACGCAAGGAAACACUCGCAAUCGUUUCAACUUUCCAGACUCUUUGGUACUUUUAAUUUAUUUAACAGAAAUAAAACUACAUAUAAAGCUGUUUUGUGUUCAUGUUCAACAUAUUUCGAGACGUUUGCGCUGUUCCCACUGAAGAAAAACAACAACUGUACUGGAUGGAUUUUGGGGCUCACUCCUCAGGUCCAUGUGAGAUCGUUCCGGGCUGAUGUUCACGCUAUAGUUAGUCUCCUCGGUGGCUGAUGAGAGAUCCUUCACCUCAGUGCUACAUUCUCAUUCCCUGUGAAUAUAAAACCCCACCAUGGACCUGCUGUCUCUGUUUACCUGUUGUGUUGUAGCCCAGUUUGAGUGUCUGAAGCCAUGGCCAUGCUCAGAGUGUCGUCGUACCGCAAGCUGUUUGAGGAUGAACACUGGAAUCGCAGUGGAGGGUUGGGUGUGCAGUGUGCAGGGCAGUUUCGGGCCUCGUUCAGGUCAGUGUGACUCUCUGCCCUUGAGGAUGACUUAAUCUGUACCUACUAAUUUGAAGAUGUUAGUGAUGUGUUCAUAUCUAGAUUUUAAGAUGUUUUUGACCAGAAGUAAAUAUUUUCAGGCUAAAGUUCAUUCACCGGUUCAUCUGUGUGUUGUUAUUCUUUGGGUUUACAUGUACUUAAGACCAACACCGAUAUUUUAAUAUUUUUUAAGCAGCAUAUAAUGAUUUAAUAAAAAGUUGAUUCUACAGUGAAUUAUCUAGUUGCAAGCUGGUGGAUGUGUCCAUGUAUUUGUUAGUACCAAUAAGUAGAGGCUGGUGUAUAAAGUUGUAAAUAAAAACUAUAAAAAAAUAUUGUAAUUUUAGUAAUACUGUACAUGAAUAAACACUUUAAACUGUC